CCCUCUCCAGCCAUGGAUGACAUUUAUAAGGCAGCGGUUGAGCAGCUGACAGAAGAGCAAAAAAAUGAGUUCAAGGCUGCCUUUGACAUCUUCGUGCUGGGGGCGGAGGAUGGCUGCAUCAGCACCAAGGAGCUGGGGAAGGUGAUGCGGAUGCUGGGGCAGAACCCCACCCCUGAGGAGCUGCAGGAGAUGAUAGAUGAGGUGGAUGAGGAUGGCAGCGGCACUGUAGACUUUGAUGAGUUCCUUGUUAUGAUGGUCCGGUGUAUGAAAGAUGACAGCAAAGGAAAAACCGAAGAGGAACUCUCAGAUCUCUUCAGGAUGUUUGAUAAAAAUGCCGAUGGCUACAUUGACCUUGAGGAGCUGAAGAUCAUGCUGCAGGCGACAGGAGAGACCAUCACUGAGGAUGAUAUAGAAGAACUGAUGAAAGAUGGGGAUAAAAACAAUGAUGGCAGGAUUGACUAUGACGAGUUCCUGGAGUUUAUGAAGGGAGUUGAAUAAAUCUGAUGCCAGAUGACAGCCCAAAUGUCCUAAACCCCACCAGCUCCGCAUCUCAUCUCCUUGACUAAGUACCCUGGCUACCGGCAUGAAGACUGAGCGCUGACAAGGGUGGCCGCUGGGAAAAUAAAACGCGUU